AUGAGUAUGAAUACUAACUUCUGUUUAAUAGAAUCUUUAAAUAUAGAAGAUUAUGCAAGGCUGGAAUUUUACCAACACAAUAGUGGACUAGUUGUAGUUUUAAUGAAGGAAAAUCUCAAGACUGGGCCUCCAUAUAGAAACUUCAGCGUAACCUUUAUAACUGAACCUUAUAACGAUAUGGGAAUACCCCAUGCACUUGAGCAUAUGUUAUUUUUUGCAAGCGAAAAUUUUCCAUAUAAUGGAAUAAUUACAAAAAUUGCAAAUAGAUUUCUUGUUCCAGUAGUUAAUGCAUUCACUCAUUACGAUUAUACAUCGUAUGUUUUGGAAUGCAUUGGAGAUGAUGGGCUUUAUACUUUAAUGGAAAUAUUUCUGGAUCAUGUAAUCAUGCCUAAAUUCUCCCAAGAAAACUUUUUAACAGAGGUUGUUCACAUGGAUGAAAAUGGCGAAUAUCAUGGGGUCGUAUAUUCUGAAAUAACUGCUAGUGAAAAGAAUAUUCAUGGAGUUAUUGAUAGUUUGGUUCCUUUUUAUACAUAUUGUGACUUGAAUAUGAGUUCUGUAUCAAAUAUUAACUUAGGUUCUUCCUCAAGCUUAAAUCACAAUAAUUAUGAUAAGAAUGAUCCAUUUGGAUUAUACAAUAAAAUAAUAUCUGAACAUAAUGGGGGUUCACCGUAUAUAUUUCCAUGCUCAGGAAUAACUAGAAGCCUUAUGAAUUUGAAGUUAGAGGAUAUUAAAAAGUAUCAUGAAAAAUAUUAUAAAUGGAAUAAUGCAUUUGUUUUUAUUUCUGGUAACAAUAUUGAUAACUCACAAAUAUUCAGUAUUAUUCAGAAGUGUAUUGACAGGACAUAUAAGUGUAUGGAGUUAGACACACUUAAUACAGAGAAGAAUAUUUAUGUAGAACAUACAUCACAAAUAGAGCCCAGUGAAAAGCAUCAUUUAAAUAAAAUACCAAAGAUUUCUCUAGCUAAUCGUCCACAAUACUUUAUGGAGAUCCCAAAAAGAGAAUCUCCUAUAGAAGUAACUAUUCCAUAUUCUAGUGAAGAUGAGGAAAUGGGAUAUAUUUUUAUGACAUGGCUAAUUGGUAAAUAUGAAAAUCUUGAAGAGACAGCUGCAGUUUCAUGUCUACUUCAUUAUCUGUGUAUUGGAAAUGAAUCUCUAUUUAUCAAGAAGUUAGUGGAUAAGCUUGGAAUUUGCUCUGACAUAGAUAUAGAAAAUAUAUCUAAUAGAUAUCGUUACCACUAUAUUUCACUCGAAUCUGUUAAUCUUGACUAUUUCGAUUUAGCCAUAAGUACAGCAAAAGAAAUCCUUAUUGAAAGUCAGAAAGAAGAGAAUUUUGAUUUGGAUAGGAUUAGAUGUAAAACUGAAGGACUUUAUUACGAGUAUCUAUCUUCACUUGAAAAUAAAGGUCCUAGUAUAAUUAAUGAACAAUUAAUUGGUUUUGUUGCUUAUAGUAUGAAACCUGAGUUAUUGAAUAGUAUAUGUAAUUUUCAUUUUAUUUAUAAAGGCCUAUUAGAAAAGGAUUCAAAGUAUUGGUUGAUGUUAUUGAGGAAAUUUUUUAAUCCUGAUAGCUUUAAUUGCAUUAAGUUUGUUCCAAGCUUAAAAGCUACUGAAUUUACUGAAAAUCAAUAUAGAGAAAAGAAACUCCAAAAUAUUAAUUUACUAAAAAGUGAAGGGUUACUUAAAAAUAAGAAGCAAAUUCAAGAUGCUAUUGAAUACAAUAGUAAACAAAUGCCACCAAUGCAUAUUAUUGAGUCUUUUGAGCUAUCAAAAUUUACCGAGGUUUCUCUUAAUAAAGCUUGCAUUUAUACUAAUAUAGGAAACAAUACAUCAUGCAGAAAUAACUUGAAAUAUUUGGAUGAAAAUUCCAAGGAUUCUGGUAGUAGUAAAAAAGAAAUAAGCACCCUUAAUAUACUUAAUAAUCCAUCCGAUAAUUUAGUAAAUUUUAAAGUUUUAGAUGAAGAUUUUUACUGUACAUAUUGUUUAUUAGAUUCUCCUACUUCAAAAUUUGCCCAUUUACAAAUUAAGUUUAACAUUCCAGACUAUUUCACUCCAUAUCAACGAGUUCUCACUACUCUUAUUGUUGAGCUCUUCUUUCAGACAUCUGUUAAUAUUGUUGAGCCUUGUGACAAAGUUAAUACAAGUUAUACAAAUCAUAUAUAUUUACCGAAAAUUCCAGAAUAUGGUUCCUAUGUUGAAUUUGAUAAAUUUGAUCAGCUACUUUCUACAUUUUGCAUACAUCACAAUGCCAGCAUUGGAAAUAACUCUUUGAUGGAGUUUACAACUAUUACUAACCAGAUUGAAAUAAAUUGGACAACUUCAAUUGAAUAUAUUUGCGAAUCUUGUAUAUUAAUAUUGAGUGGGAUUUGUGGAAUGGAUAUUACAUCCUCUAGAAUAUCUACAAUAUCCAGACGUCUUAAAAGUACUAUUGGUGAUAUGAAACUUGAUGAAGUUACAAUUGCUACUUCAGUAUCAAAUGCUCUAUGUUAUAGUUCCAAUUCUUCUUUAAAUUUAUCUAGCAUUCCUUGUACUGAGAAAAUAGUAAAAUACAUAUUAUCAUCACCUGAAAAAUAUUUGGCUGAUAUUAUUAGUACUUAUGAACUUCUUAUUGACUCUUUCUUUUCAAGCAAUGUAAGAAACAAAUUCUUAUUUUUUGUAAUUGCCCCUAAACACUGUACUCCUAAUAAUCUCCCAAGGUACUUAAUACCUAAAGGCAGUAUACCAUUUCAUGGAAAUAAAUCUAACCAAAUAUCUAUACCAAUAAAAGAAGAUUGUGAAGUGAAAAAAAAACUUGUGGCAGUUUCAUCUUUAAAAUACUCAAAUCUUAAUCUAUCACUCCCAUGGAAUUUGAUUCCCACUUUAAUGCCAUUACAGACUAGUCAAAAUCUAGGUAAAAAUAAUAUUGAUAUGCCAUUAAAAAAGUAUGGAAAUAUUAUAUUCCUUAAAUUACCCAGUGUAAGCUCUUCAUGUGUGAUACAGACUGCAAAUAUAUACUCUCUGGAUGGGACUUUUUUACCAAAUGAGACUCACUUCUAUAAUCCAAAUAUACCUGCUCUUUGUAUACUAGUUGAUUAUUUUUGGCAUGAUGAUGGUCCACUAUUUAAACUUAUCCGUGGAAGUGGAAUUGCAUACUCUGGUUCUUUUUCAAUUUGUUUAGUUACUGGAAAACUAUUCAAUUGUAUUUGUGAAUCAACAUCACUUGCUAGAUGUUUAGUUACCACUUGGGACUUAUUAGAAGAUAUGAUUGAAUCAUGCGAUAAAUAUAUUGAUUUAGAUACUGCUAAGAGAUAUGCAGCUUUAAACUUUAUAUCUGAUCAUAAGAGCUUUUCCAAAUGGGGAAAAGAUAUUAGUUCUAAUCUAAACUAUGGAAUACCACCCUCUUAUGAUGAGUACAUGAUAUCUCAAUUUUCAAAAGUCACAAUGGACGAUAUUAAUCGAGUUGCAAAAAGAUAUUUACCUUUACUUUUACCCAGGAAUAUUUUGAAUAGCAUGCAGUGCAGUACAGUAUCCAUGUGUGGAGAUCAAAACUCUGCUAAUGAGGUGAAAAAGAUGUUUGAUAGUGAUUAUCCUCAUAUUAAAGUCAAUUUUCUAACAUAUAGCCAAUUUUCAAAUGCACUAACAUCUACCAAGACAUUUCUAAAUAUAAUAGAUGACAAUAAAUGA